AUCGUCUUCAUCACUUAAAUAUCAGUCAUAGAAAACCCUAAUCUCUGAGAAGAGUUAAAAGCGUUGCCGUACACUAUAACCGGAGAGAGCGCCGAUUCCGUCGUCAGAAGAAUCCUCGUAAACAAUCAUGGGUAAGGUACACGGUUCCUUGGCUCGUGCCGGUAAGGUGAGAGGUCAGACACCGAAAGUGGCAAAGCAGGAUAAGAAGAAGAAGCCACGUGGCCGUGCUCACAAAAGGUUGCAACACAAUCGCCGUUUCGUAACCGCCGUUGUUGGAUUUGGCAAGAAGAGAGGACCCAACUCUUCUGAGAAGUAGAUGAUGAUGAUGAUCACACUUCAUGAAGCUUGAAGUUUUACUUUCUCGUUAGUAUGAAUUCUGCAAUAUCCGCUUUGUUAUCGAUAUUUGCUUAUUUGGUUUUUCUAUAGACGAUGUAAUUCUCUUGUUCAUUUCUCCAUCGAAUUGACUUUUGACCAUACUUUUUUCGACAUAUGUUAUUUGCAACCUUGAUAGCAUUCUACAAUCACUGUUUACUCUCGAGCCAAGUACAUGUUCCUCAACGGAUUGACAUUUCAGAGUUAGAAACUUAGAAUUGUACUGCAAUGUGUUUACAUAGAUACAAAAAUGAUGUAAUAUGAUGAUACCUUUUUAUAAGUAUAUGCUUUUGAACGAUC